ACGGUCCAAGCUAAGAUUUUGCCUACUUUGCGAGCUGCUGCGAUUGGUUUCUUGCCCUCGGCUUUUGCGGCGCCUCAAUACGUUUGACAAGUAGAGGACCAGCGAGAGUUACGCGCUUUACUUUGUUCAUUUUUUUUUUUUUGAGCUCUGAACAUCGAUUUCUUCUUCCGAGCGCGGUCUUUCGUCACCAACCUACCCAAACGACGAAGCAGCAAUUCUUUCUUAGGCGUGCAACGAUAAAUAAAGCUUCAGUAUGUCGCUCUUCGGAGGGCAGCAGUCCGGUCAGUCCCUGGGCCUGUUUUCCAAUACGGCCAAAUCCAGCCCCUUCGGCACAGCAGCUUCAAAUACCGGAACGCAGCAGAAUACAGGGGGAGGAGGGAUUUUUGGGUCAUCGACUACGACUUCACAACCUCAGCAGACGGGUAGUUCGUUAUUUGGUUCGACUACGCAGCAGAAGCCGUCGCUUUUCGGGCAACCGCAGCAGCAGCCGCAGCAGCAAUCGGGUACUGGGCUGUUUGGAGGACCGUUAGGGAGUGGGCAGGGGUCGCAAAAGCCCGCAGGAGGUCUGUUUGGUAGCACAUUGGGAGGUGGACAGCAGCAGCAGCAACAACAGCAGCAGCAGCCUCAGCAGGGAGGAAGCCUUUUCGGGGGAUUGGGCCAGACACAGCAGCAGCAGCAGCAACCUCAACAACAGCAAAGUAUCUUCGGAGGUGGCUCCCUGCUUGGUGGUGGACAGCAGGGGCAGCAGCAACAACAACCGCAACUCGGCCAGUCAACACAACCCCAAGGAUCGAGUCUAUGGUCUCCAGGGCGCGCGGUGACGGGCGUACACCGGACAGUCCCAAUGCAGAUGGCUAUCGUGAAAGACAAGUGGGAUUAUACCAAUCGUAACUCCCCUUUCCGGACAUACCUGUAUAAUAGUGUUGGCGAGGGUGAUGCACCAUUCUACCAACCUGGCCCGCAGGACGACGAAACAAAGUGGGAGGACGCCCUCCGGCAACGACCAGGUCCCGACUGCGUCCCCGUACUAGUGCGCGGAUUCUGGGAACUUGGCAAGCGCGCGCAGCGCCAGAAGGACUUCUUGACGAUGAUUCAGACGCGCUUGCACGAGAUCAACAAUUGUCUCACGGAGCUGCUCUCGCGUCACGACUUGAAAAUAUCAGUCAAGGUAGCCGACUGUCGCCGGAAACAUCAUGUUCUCAGCAAGCGAUGUCUGGCUCUCGCUGCUAAGACCCAGGUCCUCCGAAACAGAGGAUACGCGAUGGAUGAGGCGGAAGAGGAAUUAAAGAAGAAACUUGCGCAGCUUGAGCGUUCUGUAUUCGACCCAACGCUUAGCGGUCGCAGCGAAGAGAUUUGGGCUCGCAUGCUGGCUAUUCGAGAGCACUCGACUCGACUGCAGGCGGAAAUCGAACGGGCUGGGUCCGGUGUUGCUGCGCAGGCGGAAGAUGAGUUGGAUGAAGCUACGAUGAAGAAGGCUAAGAAGGUAUUGGACGACUACCUGGCUCAGAUUCAACAUUUACAGAAGGAGCUGGAAUCUGUGAAAAAAGACUUUGAGGAGGCGACCAAGUCGCUCAGUUAG